UGCCCCACUGUUACCUACAGUACCCUGCAUAUGUUACCUGUAGAAUUGGCGUUCCCAUUGUUGGUACAGGAAACGACUUUGCCUGUGCAAGUAAAUUGUACUAUUAUUUAAAAUGGCUUCCUCAUCAAUAUUUGGUGAGUGUGCCUUACCAACCACCGUCCCACCAUAUGCGCCAUUUGAUACAAGUCAGACGUGUGCGGCAGGUGCCGGGCUAUGUAACUACAACCCAUUAUUUCUACUCUUUACUGCCUCGGCUUUCCGCUGUCUAUGUCCCUCUGGUACUGUACCAGAAUAUACCACUGCUGAUGACGUGGUGUGUAGACCGGUUAUAGGAACCCAGUGUCGAUCAGAUGGUGACUGCAACUCCAGAGCAACGGAUUGCUUGGGCAUCAGUACGGGAUAUCCAAUAUAUUUUGAAGGCACCGGUUCCCAAUCACCGUUCUCUGCGGAUUUGGCAACAUUCUUGUCUCCGAUUGUCUCAUUUUUCUGUAGCUUCAACGACAGACUAGCAGUGGACACAUCCAGGGGAUACACAUGUGAGGGUGGGAGUGCUACCAGCGUAGGCGUGUGCAAUCAAACUAGCGAGCUUCAUUCAUUAUCUAAAUAUAUAUUCCAGUUCCCGGGCAGGCAAGUAUCAAUUUCGCAGGUGCAGUCCUCCCCCAGCUACUUCAGCGAGACCUGUGGAGGAGUCUCUUAUUUUUAA